AUGCUGUCCCGCACCACUCCACGAGCAAUACUGCUCUCCAGCUCCAUGCGGCCCCUCCGCAUAACCACGCCCACGACCACUUCCGCCCUCUCCGCUCUUCUCCGUUCCUCCAGCGCCGUCCGCCCCAGCUCGGCGACACCACUCUGCGCUAACAGCCGUGCAUUGCACGCCUCUGCCGCCAGAUGCAAGGGCAUCCAGCCCGACUCGUCCGACCCCAAGCCUCCGCCUGUAGCGGGCGCUGCAGAGCACGUGACUGAGCCGACACCCUUGUCGACGGAGGAGUACAUGGAGUACUCGGAGCAUUACUUCAACGUGCUCCUUGGGGAGCUGGAGAAGGCUCAGGAGGAGGGGUCGGAUGUUGAGGCGGAGUAUAGUGCCGGUGUCCUCAACAUAACCGUCCCCGCGUUAGGAACCUACGUGCUGAACAAACAACCGCCCAACAAGCAAAUCUGGCUCAGCUCGCCCAUCUCCGGGCCUAAGCGGUACGACUGGAUCGUCGGCGGCGACCGCAUGCACGAAAAGCAGGACUCGCGGCCCUUUGUCAGUGGGCAGUGGGUUUAUCUGCGUGAUGGGUCGAAUCUGACGGAUUUGUUGAAUUCGGAGUUGACGCUGAACUUGCCGGCGGAUGUUUAUAGUGACGGUGAGUAG